AUGUCAUACCACUAUCUCUCGGAGACUUUAUUUCUGGCCAUCGCAAUGCUAGGUGAUCGAGACACGUGUCUAACGGCGUCCUGUCGAAAGCCUAAUAACGGGCGCCAGUGCUGGCCAGACAUAGCCAGCCUCAACAACGCACCUCACCCAGUCUGGGGGGGGAAGACCCGAAAAUGCAAUUCUAGGCGGAAAAAUGCUUUGACGAAGCUUACUCGGAUUGAAAGCCCUUUCGAACCCUUUCAGCUGCUUCACAACAGAGCGGCCCUCCACAUCCCCAAAGCUAAUCUGGGGUGUACACUCUCUCUGCCAUAUUCGGGGGAAUACAAAAGCAUAUCGAGCAUCGACAAAGCCGGGUUUUUGCCAGAUUUACCCUCGAAAAUAGUGGGGAUUUAG